CUAAUCGGAGAUUUAACAGCCAAAGUAAUAUAUAUAUUGUGGUGCAUUUAGAAUACAAUGGAAUGAAAUGUGCAAUUGAUAUUGAUGCUGGACAAUAUCCGUUUACCGAUACGAAAAGCGCGACGCGGGCAAUUGGCGUUAUUCGAGCAGGGAAACAUUAGACAUUGGGAAAUUACUCAUACACUAAUGUUUACUCUGUGAGUAAUUUUAACACGGUACGAAUACAAAUGUGUGUGCGGUUGCGGUACGCGAAAAACUACCGACGGUCGCCUUUCGUAACUAAGAGCAUUUAUUUUUGUUUUGUACAAGUGAAUUCCGAUGGGCUAUGGUCAUAGUCGUAUGCAGAGUGUUUGCGGGGCUGAGGAUCCGCUGAACGGUUCACAAUAAGGAUUUGAUUUAUUUACUUGUGAUUCCAUUACAUAUAUAUGUGCUGUUAUAUCCACAGGAAUUCCAACAUGUAUCGUCCACCUACUGAAAAGCAGUAUUUACAUUGAAAGGCCAUUAUUUAAAAAGAGUAAUUCUUCCUGUAAAUGUUUCAAACGUUUGAACGCUUGGCAAAUAUACGCAAUAUAUUGGCAACUGAGGAAGAACUCCAUUCCGUGAAAACACAAAGUGAGCCUGAAAUAACCUGAGGAACCUAAGGCCAGAAAAUCUUCAAUAUUAUUGAAACCAAAAGCAAACACAAUGGGCGGCGGCAAAAAUAUACGCCGCGGCUUGGAGCCACUGGAGUUUGAAGAAUGCAUCGUCGACAGUCCGGACUUUCGCGAAAAUUUAAAUCGACAUGAAAAGGAACUGGACCACACUAGUCAUCAAAUAAAACGAAUAAUCAAAGAGGUCAAAGAUCUUAUGAGUGCGGCAAAAAUGCUGUCCACUAGAAUGAAACAAUUGGCCAUUUUACUUACCGACUUUAACUUUGAGUGCAUAGGCACUGCUCAGACCGACGAUGAGAAUGUCAUUUGCGAAAGCCUAAAACGCUUUGGUGCUAUUAUUGGCAAUAUUGAAGAUGAGCGCGAGAAAAUGCUAACGCUUGCUGAUAAACAUAUUAUUGAGUCACUGGAGGAUUUUCGAAAAAAGCAAAUUGGUGGCGUCAAAGAAAACAAAAAGAAAUUUGAUAAGAAAACGGAGAAAUUUUGUCAGUCGCAGGAGCGUUUUCUGAAUAUGUCAACUAAAAAGCCCGAAAACACCAUUCAGGAGGCUGAUGCUAGUUUGGGCAUGCAUGAACGCGAGUACAUCCAGGAAUCGCUGAGCUAUGUGUUGCGCAUUCAGGAAGUGCAGGAACGAAUCAAAUUCGAAUUUGUUGAGAUACUGCUCGCAUUUAUUUCCGGCUGGUUGGUUUUCUAUCACACAGCCCACGAGCAGGCUGAGGAUCAUCGCGAUUACCUGCAGGACUUAAGGCACAAAGUGCAGAAGACUCGGGAGAAUUUCGAAGAGGCACGCGAGAAAGUUACUGAAUUAAAAACAAAGUACAUGGAAAAACGCACAGUAAGUGAUUGCAGUCUACCUGUAACAUCAUUUUAUAAUACAUCUUAUCCACAGAAGCCCGAAGAAAUUUUCACAAAGCGGGGCUACUUAUUUUUAAUGGAGAAAAAGCCAUUCAAAGCCACAUGGACAAAAUACUAUUGUACAUUCAAGAAGCAAAAGCGGGAAUUCACCAUGCUUCAGUUCAAUCAGAUGAAUCACAAUUUCACAAGACCCGAGGCACGAGAUGAUGAGAAAUUGACGCUCUUCUCCUGCCAGCGAAGGGCCUCCGAGUUCGAGAAGCGGUUCUGCUUCGAUUUGACCUUCAAGGAGAAACCGGGAGUCGUUUACACAUUUCAGGCUUUAAGCGAAAAGGAUCAUCGCUAUUGGAUUAGUGCUAUGGAUGGCACGGAGCCGACAUAUCUGGCUCCCGGUAAAAUCAAAGUCAGCGAGGCAUACCAUCUGGAUGAGUCCGGAUUCAUGUUCAUCCGCCGCUGCAUUCAAGUAUUAGAGAUCCGUGGUCUCGAGGACGAGGGAAUCUACCGAAAAAGUGGUGUGGGAACCAAAAUCAGCAAGCUGUUGGCACUGGGUCUCAAUCAAAAGGAGAGCGAUGAUGUCUUUAUAGACGAUAAGUACCGGGAUUUAAUGGAAAGCAACACCAUAGCGAGUGCCCUGAAAAUGUAUCUGCGAAAUCUGAAUGAGCCAUUGAUGACCUAUCAAUACCAUAGUGAUUUCAUUGAAGCAGCAAAGCAAGAAACCCUGAAUCAGCGGGUGAAUGAGGUGCACAAGCUGGUCUACAAAUUACCACAGCCUAAUUUCCAAAUGCUGGAUAUGGUAAUAUGCCAUUUGACCGACGUUUCACGCAAGUACGAGAAGAACAAAAUGUCGGUAUUUAAUCUGGGAGUGGUUUUCGGACCCACUUUGUUGCGCCCUCGCGAGGAAUCGGUGGCCGCCAUUCUGGACAUCAAGUUUAACAACAUCGUGAUCAACAUUCUGAUUGAUAACUACGAGAGGAUUUUCAAGAACAAACCCAGCGCUGAUGUCAAGCUGCCGGAUACGACGAAAGCACCCAGUAUCAUGUAUCCCAGUCGCAGCAGUCCGCCGACUAGAAUGCCGCGGGCCUCUCAAAUAGGAAAGGCCGCCUCAACGGGUGCCAUGGGUAGCACUAGUAGCAGUACUACGGCAGCGAAUCCGAUGUUCUUGAACCAGCAAAAGAUCUAUCGGGUGGUCAACAAAUCCAAUUGUACAGAGCCCACGAUGUCGUCGAGCCUGCAGAAUAUUCCAAAUGGCGACAACUAUGCGCUUGGAUCGACCGUGAUGAACAGUUCGGGCGGUGCCGGGUGCAUAUCCCUGUCCCCGCCAAUGCAUAUGCUCAAUGGCAUACUGUCGCCCACCGUGGGGAGCAUCAAUAAUCUGCACACAAUAUCGAAGAAUGAGGCAAGCACACGGCGCUAUGUGCCCAGCUCGUGUACGGACACCGAUGUGGCGCCCGAAUAUGGUAUUAUAAGUGCCAACAACGGCGGUGUGACGUUACAAUCGCAUCAUGCCGUGCCCGUGAGCAGCACGACCAACUUUCGACAUCCCGAGUACCUAAUGACCACGGCCACUCCGGUGACCCAGUCCGGCUCCAGCAACCACAUCUAUACAAACACCUCGAGUGUGGCUGGUGGUGCUGCCUCCAGCAAUCGGAUUAGUCUAAACAAUGUUUCCCCGCCAAAUACUGCAAUGCGAAAGGAGCGAUUCCUGGGCAGUGCCAGUGGUCCACAGCAGCAUCCGCCCGUCCAACGGGGUCUGCACUCCUACGGCCAGACCAAACACUAUUCACCCCUGAUGCCCACAUCGACAUCGAGCUCCAACGACAGCGUAUGUGAUUCACUUUCUUCCAACAAUGGCUUGGGCGGUGGUGGCUCCAUUGCGGCGAACAGCAACAGCGGGAAUGUGGGCCAGCAUUUGGGCACACGGAACUCCAAUGACUAUGCCAUGAUAACGUCGCAGAACUCGUCGUUGUCGCCACAUCUCGGGGCAAGCGUCUGCGAUGAGGUCGUGGCGGCCACAACGUUGCCCUCGGUGGUUAGUCUCAGCUGCGGCGGCUCCACCAACGAAAGCUCCGAAUAUCCGCCCAGCAAAAUGCAUCGUAAUCGUGACAUCAACCAAAUAAAACGUGAUUUGUCAACGGGCACAGCACGCGUGCGCACACUUUAUGCUUGCAUGGGCGAAAGUGAGGGGGAGCUUUCGUUUGAGCCCAACCAAAUAAUUACCAAUGUUCGGUAUUCCCACGAACCCGGCUGGCUGCAGGGUACACUAAAUGGCAAAACAGGACUCAUUCCGGAGAACUAUGUGGAACACUUGAAGCCUCACCAUUAGAUUAUCAUUUUUGUAGAGUUCUCCCGUAUUUUUUUGCAUUCGAUUCGUCGGUAGAUACAAUUAAUAUGAAAGUUAGGAAAUCUGAAAAUAAUCGUUGUGUAAAAAAACUAAUUCUGAGUAUGCGCCCUUGGGGUUUUACAUGAAAUGCAUUUUAUUUUAUGCUGGAAACCAGGAAAAACCACAAUCUUACCUUAUAAAUAUGUUAACCUUUAUAAUACCAUGACCAUACAAUGUACUUAUUUUUAAUUAUUUAAUAAGGAGUAUAAACUCAGUGCAACUGCAAAGAUUUAUUUACUAAUUGUUACGCUCUUCAUUUGUUGCUUAUUUAUACAUAAUUCACGUAAUUUGUGCAAAAAUGAAUUACAUCGUAUCUAAUAUCUACUACAUAUACACUUGUAUAAAAAUAAAUAGCAGUGCUUCGAACACUUUUAAAAUGUAAACUUUAAACUGAAGUCUGCCAUAUAUCAUAUCAAAAA